AUGCUUUUCAUUAUAGCAAUACAGGGCACUUAUUUGGGAUAUACAGUUGGAAUACUUACGAAUCUGGAAAAGCGAUUCAGUAUACCCAGUAAGAAAUCGGGCUUAUUGCUAUCAAUUUAUGAUAUUGGUCAUACACUUGCAGUUAUGAUAAUUGGCUUUAUGGCAAUGAGUAAAAAUCAGGCAAGAAUUACAGCAUUUGGUGUUUUAUUCAGUGCUUUAUCGAUGUUUUUAUUAAUUCUACCUGCAUUCAUAUUUGGACCUGUUGCGAAUGAUCAAAAAUCGCUUAUACAAGAUAAGCAAGUUUAUAUCCUCAAUAAUGUCUGCGAUCCAAGUCGUUCAUUCAGUGGUUUAAUCGAGCUAUGUGAAGAAGAAAAAAAAGAACAUUUGGAAGCGUAUUUAGUCUUGGCUGUUGGACAACUUCUGGCUGGAAUUGCUGCAGCUCCCUUUAAUACUGUGGCAUAUGUUUAUAUUGAUGAUAAUUUGUUUGAUAAAACAAUGUCUCCAUUUUAUCUUGGUCUCUUAUCAAGCAUGUAUGCUUUUGGUCCUGCUUUUGGAUUUGCUUUAAGUGCUGGAGUAACGAGGCUGUAUGCUACUGUUUUUGAAGCACCUGCGAAUCUUAAUAUAUAUGAUGAUGAAUGGAUUGGUGCUUGGUGGUUGGGUUUUCUCGUUUGUGGUGUUUUAUAUUUGUUUGGUGCUAUUCCUAUCUUUUUUUUCCCUAAAUCAUUCGAUAAUUUAUAUGGAAAAACAGAUCCUAUAGAACUCAAUCAUCUAAGGAGUAAAGAAUUCGAUGACCAAGACGCUCAUGAAAACGAAAAUCUUCGUGAAAUUGAUCGAAAUUCCGAAAAAACUGAUUUCAUUCGACCACAAAAUUUAUUGCAAUUCUAUUUGCAUUUUUGUAGUAUGACUAUUGAAUUAUUGAGAAAUCCAGUUUUUUUAUCGAUGGUUAUUGGUUGGAUGUUUGGAUCUUAUUUGACAGGCGGCUAUACUACAUAUCUUCCAAAAUAUAUUGAAACGCAAUUUGCACAAAGUUCAUCCGCAGCCGAUAUGUAUGCAGGCCUAAUAUCCAUUGGUAGUAUUGCAGCUAGUACAGCCCUAGGUGGCUAUUUAUUAACGAAAUUCGAUUUGAAAGCAUCUAAAGCAAUUUUAUGCCUUUUGGCAAGUUGGUCUAUUAUUUUUGCAACAUAUCUGUUUGGAAUGACUAUUGGAUGUAAUGAACCUGAGUUAAAAGAUUUGGUUUUGGCCAAUAGAAGAUAUGAAUUUCGCGAUAUAUCAGAAUGCAAUUUCGAAUGUCAUUGCUAUAAUGUUCAUCAUUUCAAUCCUGUCCAUUACGGCAAUCUUAAUUUCUUCUCACCUUGUCACGCCGGUUGUCGAAUCUUUAAUGAUGAUUUAAAAAGAUGGGAUCAGUGUAGUUGCGCAUUUGAUGAAGCUGUUGAGAAUGGAUUAUAUCUCGAAAAAUGUGAACAGAUUUUUAUAUAUAUUAUAGUAGUCUUUAUUGGCAUGUUUUUUGGAAAUUUAUUUUUCAUGACGACAAUAAUGAUCAUUUUGAGAUCUGUAUUUGAUUAUCAAAAAGUAAUGGCUUUGAGUAUUGCAUCUUGCUUUACGAAUCUGUUGGGAUUCAUACCGGCUCCAAUAAUUUUUGGUUAUAUUCUCGAUUCAACUUGCAUGCUUUGGCAUAGUCGUUGUCCCGAUGAUUAUGGAAAUUGUGUGGUUUAUGAUAAUAAAUUAUUCCGUCAAAAUUUCCAUUUAAGCAGUGCGUCUUCACAAGCGCUAGCUGUAAUUUCGAUUUUUGUUUGUUAUUUGUUUAGCAGAAAACAUACUUUUUUCGAUAAUAUGGCUGUUUGUGAUUCUAUGGAUUCAACUCCAUCAAAUACGCCUACCUUAUCAAUAAAAGAGAUAAAAUAUCAAACUUCUCUUGAUGUGAAUUUGCCAUCUCCUAUUACUGCUGAAGUUUAA